AUGGACGCCGGACUGGGACAACAUCUGGGUGACAGCUUGCUCUUCGAAAGUACUGCAAGCUCCGGACUAGGUUUUGUAAGCUCAAAUGGACAGUUGAAGACACUCAACCGAAAGAAGAGCAAUCGAUCGCAUGAGCUCUCCUGGAAAAGUGACGAGACAUACGGAAUCGAUAUCAAUCGCCUGUUAGACGAAUGUAACAGUCGCAGAGAAACGGUAAAAGUCUUAAAGCCUCAAGAAUUGUCCAGGAAGACAAUACCGGAAAAGCUAUGGACUGAAAAAUGGAAACCCCAGAGCUUUUUCGAUCUGGUAGGAAAUGAGAAGACGAAUAGACGCGUUUUGAAGUGGCUAAGACAGUGGUCACCACUUGUCUUCGGUGAAACGCUGCCCAAGGCACCGGCAGUGAAAUGGAACGGACCCAACUCUGGAGCUGAAAACUCCAUUGAAACAUUAGAUCCGCUGCAAAGGCCACGGAAAAAGAUUCUACUCCUCACUGGGCCCCCAGGAAUAGGGAAAACGUCCGUGGCACACGUUGUGGUAAAGCAAGCAGGAUAUUCGACUAUGGAGAUCAACGCCAGUGACGAGAGGGGAGGACCGGGUAUUAAGACACGAGUACACAACGCACUUUUCUCCAACACGCUUGAUAGCCAGCCGGUUUGCUUGAUUGCAGACGAAAUUGAUGGAAGCAUGGAAUCGGGUUUCAUCAAGGUGCUUGUGGAUAUUAUCAAUGGUGAUUUCAAAGCUACACAAAGAAUACUGAGCGGAGUUCCUACGAGCUCGAAAGGCAGGCGUCAACGAAAAAAAAAUCAGGGCCAAGUAAUGACGCGACCGAUUAUAGCCAUUUGCAAUAAUGUCUACGCAUCAGCCUUGGAAAAGCUCCGACCACACUGUGAGAUCAUUCAUUUCCAAAGACCAUCUGAAAAUGCCGUGGUAGAGCGGCUGUACCAUGUUUCCAAAAAAGAAAAUCUAUUGAUGGACAAAAAGAAGCUGAAGGAAUUGACAGAACUAUCACAGGGUGAUGUGAGAAAUUGCCUGAAUAAUAUGCAGUUUAUGGCUACGUUAGCAUCCAAUAGCAAAUCCAGCAGCCUCGAUGAGCAAAUGAAAGACAUGGGUGUAUCUUGGUAUCAUAUCUGCAAUCAGAUAUUUCGCAAGGACCCGCAUAUUGAUUCUAGGCAUCAAUUCAUGAAACUGUUGCGGGAUAUAGAAACCAACUCAAGCUUCCAGAAAAUAGUUCACGGUUGUUUCUCUAUGUUCCCGAGUGUCAAAUAUUCUGAUAGUAGUCUGAAAAAACCAAGCAUGGCUGCCGAUUGGUUAUUCUUCAAUGAUCGGAUGUUCCAGUCACUUUUUGAGCACAAUGGCGACCUGCUGAGAUACAAUGCCGUAGUGCCUAUGGCAUUCUUCCAGCUUUUCAGCGAUAUCGCAAACAAAGAAGAGAUCAGGACGCAGCACAACGAGUUCGAACAAAGGGAAGCGCUACGAAAGAACGAUGACCUCGUGAGUGCCAUGCUUCAGCGGCCACCUGCGUCUUCUCAAAUAUUCAUGAAUAAACGCGCUUUGGCGCUAGAGAUUCUACCACUGGUGGAUUAUAUGAUAGCUGCUGAUUUCACCAAGGUGCGUAACGGAAAUGUUAAGACCGCUAUUUUCGAAAAUAUCAUCCCUGCAAUAACAACUUUUGAUCUCAUAUUUGGAGAACGAUCAGACACUGACAUGCCUCGUGUCCCUUGUAUCGAGCCGCCAUUUGAUACGGUGGUUCUGAUGGAUCAAAAGCGGUCCAAAGAGAUAUACACCAAGAGACCAGCAUUAUUAAAUGUAGUAAAUGCCAAGGUACAGGAGAGUAAACUUCGGAAAAGGACUCUAGAAGUUGCAAAAGCUGAUAAAGAAGGAUUGGAAAAUGCACGCAAGAAGCAAAAAACUACUUCAUCUUCCGUCAAACCGGCCGAGUUUUUCAAGUCUCAGUACGCCAGUGUCCAACAUGGUGGCAGUCAAGAUAACGGCGCAUUGAAUAUUCAUGAUGGAGAGUCUCAAGAACCCGCCAAGGCAAAAAUUUGGGUGAGAUACAAAGAGGGUUUUUCAGACGCAGUGAGAAAGAACGUUACUUGGAAAACUCUAUGGGAAUAG